AUGGAUUUCUUGAAAUCCGCCGUCACGGCUGCGAUCGCCAAGGGCAGCUCAUUCCCAGUUUCUCUUGGCGAUCGAGUCGAUAUCGGCGACUCUAUCUGGACCCUUCACAACGGUACGAAACGGGAUGACAGUUCGGCUUGCAGUGUCUUUGCUUUCGAUAUCGCCGCGAAUAAAUCCCGCCUCCCUCUCGCCAAAAAUGCGGUCCGCAAGUCGCGAACUUUACGGCACCCCGGAGUGAUCAAGGUUCUGGACACGAUCGAGACCGAAACCAAUCUCUACAUUGUGACCGAACGGGUCACUCCUCUUACAUGGCCGGUGAAGCGGAGAAGUCUGAAUGAGGAGACCGCGAAAUGGGGUUUAUAUUCCGUGGCGUCCACCCUCAAGUUUAUCAAUGAGGAUGCAUCCUCCGUCCACGGCGCCGUGCGCGCAUCAUCUGUCUAUACGAGUGAAAGUGGCGAAUGGAAACUCGGAGGAUUCGAAGUCUUGAGCUCCAUGAAGGAAGAUGAUGCGAUUAUAUAUACUUACGGAAGUAUCGUCCCUGAUGCAGCUCGAUACACACCCCCAGAGGUCCUCAAAGGGGGCUGGGACAUUAUCAAGCGGCACCCGUUGGCAGCAGUCGACGCCUAUGGGCUUGGGAUAUUGAUCUUUGAAGUCUUUAAUGGUUUCUUUGCCGGUGCUGACCAGGUGGGCAAGACAACCAACAUCCCUCCCAGCAUGCAACAAAGCUACAAGCGUCUCUCCACGGCCAACCCAAAGUUACGGCUGAGCCCUGCGCAUUUUGUUGAACAGGGAAAGAAACAUGGUGGUUUCUUCCAGACGCCGUUGAUUCGAUUAUCCGAAGACAUAGAGAGCUUAGGGCUCAAAAGUGACGCCGAGCGAGAAGAAUUCAUUAAGUAUGAGUCGUCUCCUCCCUUCAAACACCUAUGUGAAAUAAAUAUCCAAGCUAACGUGACAUUUCCAAAUGGCAGCGAACUUGAUAAUCUUUCGGAGGACUUCCCUGAAGACUUCUUUAAAAUGAAGGUGCUUCCGGAGCUGCUCAAGUCUGUCGAGUUUGGCGGUGGCGGGUCCAAAGUACUCGGAGCCACCCUGAAGAUUGGCGCCAAACUAUCGGCCGACGAAUUUAACUCGAAACUAACGCCUGUUGUUGUACGCUUGUUCGGCAACCCUGAUCGAGCGCUGCGCGUCUGUCUGUUGGACAACCUACCAUUGAUGAUUGAUAAUCUUCCUCAGAAGGUUGUCAACGACAAGAUCUUUCCGCAGAUGACUUCAGGUUUCACCGAUAUUGCGCCUGUUGUUCGGGAGCAGACCGUCAAGGCCGUCUUGUCGAUCAUUAAUAAACUCAGUGAUCGAAUUGUUAACGGGGAGUUGCUGAAGUUCCUGGCGCGUACUGCAAAUGACGAGCAACCCGGGAUUCGUACUAAUACCACGAUUUGUCUUGGGCGCAUUGCCAGGAACUUGGGACCGGGUACCCGUUCCAAGGUGCUUAUUGCCGCGUUCACGAGGUCCAUGAGAGACCCCUUCUCGCAUGCUCGAGUCGCUGGAUUGCUAGCCUUGUCCGCCACGGUCGAUGUUUACACCGAGGACGACUGUGCUUCCAAGAUCCUGCCCGCUAUUUGCCCUUCUCUCUUGGAUAAAGAAAAACUCAUCCGCGACCAAGCCAAUAAAACGCUGGAGGUGUAUCUUCAGCGUGUCCGGAAGUUCGCCAACACGAUGGCGGAUUCGACGUUUCCGCCCACCGCACCAACAGAAUCUGCCAAGUCCGAGGCUCGCAUUGGUACCUCGAAUGACAAGUCCUGGGCCGGAUGGGCCAUUUCCUCGUUCACCAACAAGAUUACUACCGCCAAUGGGGAGAUCCAGACAGCAGCUGAUGGCAGUAAACCUCCCGAGGGAGACGCUGCUCGCUCUGCAUCAGUGCCCCGUCCCACCAAGUCCUCUCCCUCCACUCAACUCGAGCUUCCAAAGGACCCUAAACGGCCCUCCGCGCAGCCAUUGAACAGGUCCAUGUCGGAUCGACCCGUGCCGGUAGUGCGCCAAAAGGAGCCAGAGCCAAUGGAAGACGAAGACGAGGUCUUCGAUGCCUGGGGUGCCAUGGACGACAACGAUCCAGAUGUCGACCCCUUUACCGCCGCCGUGGCCUCCCCCAAGAUCUCCUCACCCGAUCCUGCGGGCAAAGCAUCCGCUGUUCCAUUUGAUGACGGCGGUGAACCCGACUUUGCUGGGUGGCUCGCCGCCAAAUCUCAGGCCAAGAAGAAUCCCUUGCCAAAGGGGUUGGCCAAGGCAUCCUCUACUAAUACCGUCGCCACACGAGCCACUGUGAACACGGCCAAGCCGCGGACGGUGGCACCCGUGAAGAAGCCUAUUGAUACUAAGCCCAAGGAUGAAGAAAUCGAUGAUGACUGGGGUGAUGCGUGGGAUUGA